UCAGAAUCCCACCCACUGAUUAAAUAUGCCAUUGUGCAGAAGACUGUAGAAUUGUAGAGUGUGUUUCUGUCCCUCUCUGCUGUUCUGUUUCUGCUGUGUGUGCUGAGAUGAGGUUUCUUUCUGAGGAAUAAUGCGACCUAACUUAUGUCUUCCUUUAACUUCUACUUAUCCUGAAACUGCCUCUGUGUUGGAGACGAGGAAAGACCCGGAGUAGUUUAGGACCCAGCAGACAGUGGCAGGCGGCAGUUGUGUAGAUCACUGAGAGACUAAGAGGGUCCAGUCCGGUUUUAAUUCUGUCUCUAAUCUCUGCCACAGCAGUGCUUCCCCCCACAGCCCCAGCUCGGGCUCGGGCGCCUCUCCCUGUCUCUCUCCAGCCUGAUCCCCGGCAAAAACAUGUCACUGGCUUCCUCACAAUGGAAACCCUAGAGGGAAAAGUGGCCCCAGAUGCGCAAGCCUGAGGAUUCGGUACAAAGAGGUGCACAAAAUGAAGACCCUGAUGCGCCAUGGGCUGGCGGUGUGUUUAGUGCUCACCACCAUGUGCACCAGCUUGUUGCUCAUGUACAGCAGCAUCGGCGGCGGGGGCCAGAAGGAGCCGAGCCAGCAGCAGCAGCAGCAGGUGGCGGCGGCGGCCAGUGGGAAGCCGGAGACCAAGCAGCUGGGCAGCAGCCAGAGGCUCCCUGUGGGGGCUGGGCUCCUAGAGGGCUACAUCAGUGUCCUGGACCACAAGCCUUUGAAAAUGCACUGCAAGAGUUGUGCACUGGUAACCAGUUCUGGACACCUUUUGGGAAGCAAACAAGGCAACAGAAUCGACCAGACUGAGUGUGUAAUACGAAUGAACGAUGCACCCACUCGAGGUUAUGGAAAAGAUGUUGGAAACAAAACUAGCCUUCGAGUCAUUGCACAUUCUAGUAUCCAGAGAAUUCUGCGAAACCGCAAUGAACUGUUAAAUAUGAGUCAAGGUACUGUGUUUAUCUUCUGGGGUCCCAGCAGCUAUAUGAGACGAGAUGGAAAAGGUUUGGUUUAUAAUAAUCUGCAAUUGAUGAAUCAGAUACUACCUCAAUUAAAAGUAUAUAUGGUUUCUCGGCACAAGAUGCUUCAAUUUGACGACCUCUUCAAACGGGAAACUGGCAAAGACAGGAAGAUAUCCAACACUUGGCUUAGCACAGGAUGGUUCACAAUGACUAUCGCAUUAGAACUCUGUGACAGGAUAAAUGUUUAUGGCAUGGUGCCACCAGAUUUCUGCAGGGAUCCUAAUCAUUCUUCAGUACCUUAUCAUUAUUAUGAACCUUUGGGACCUGAUGAAUGUACAAUGUACAUUUCACACGAGCGGGGACGAAAGGGCAGCCAUCAUCGUUUUAUCACAGAGAAACGAGUGUUUGAGAACUGGGCACGGACAUUCAAUAUUCACUUUUUUCAACCAGACUGGAAACCAGAAUCACUUACGAUAAAUCACCUGGAGAUUAAACCCGUGUUCUGAGGAAUGAAUGCACAAGACUGCAAUCACAAUCACCUACUGUAUCAGGCUUCAGGGUAUUGAACCUCGCAGAAGAGCAAGGCAAUCUAAAAAAGCAAGGUUAACAGGAUUUGUGGGUGGAAACCGCUACAGUAUUCAGGAAGUUCUUGCGAAGGAAUACAUAAAAGGACAUUUUGUAUCCAACUGUAUUAUAAUCCAAUAAUUAACGUUGUCCAGCCAGCUCUCCUCCUGUAUAAGUAUGUGAUCUGUAAAAAGCAACUUGACUAUCAUUAAUGGGAUGUUUAAUUCAUUAUAGUUUUUUAAAGCACGUUGCCACUGAAUUUUCAUAGUGAAAACUUAAAAUACUUAUUUAAUGGGGGUUUUUAUGCAGGCUAGGCCAGUAUUUUUCUAAUUCACAAUUAUGUGAUUAUCUUUCAUAAGCCUUCAAAUCCAAAAUGUAUUGCUGGUCGUAUAGAAAGGCCUAGCUUCUUGUUUAUAAGUUUUCCCUUUGAAAAAUAUGAUUCUAUUGAGCAUGUAAUUAAUAUUUGAUCUGGAAAUGUUGUGUUUCUUUUUAAAUGGCUGGGCUCCAUUCCAAGGUAGAGUCUUUAAUGGCAAGAAAAUUCCCAUGUGAAAAUCGUGUGUGAGAUGCUACCGUCUGACAUUUCACAUUAAUAUGAAAAUGGCAAAGAAAAUUCCUUUUGAUGUAAAUGUGCACUUGCAGCUAUGAUGUCAGGCUGCUCUUUCUUAAUGGAGAUGGGGUAGAGGGCAGGGCAAGGUUUACUAGAUUGUAUCCUGGGAUAUUGCCACCAUCUGUGGCACUGUGCAUAUAAUUAAAACUGAGAAAUGAGAGGGGCCACUUCAGGAGGUCAGAGGACUCUCAGUAACUCCAUUAUUCUGUUUGGCCUUUUAUACUUCCCACUAACUCUGUAAUCCUCCCAUUUCCAGCUGCAAUCUUCAGACAGCCUACAAUGGAUUAAGAGUAUAUGAACUGAUGCCUUCCCCUACGAUAGGUACUUAUGUGAUGUUCCUAAGUCUACACCAACCAGCAGAAUAGAAAUUGUAUGGCAUCAGUCACAUGAGAUACAACAUUGCCAUUCCAAACUCUCUCCCAUCCAUUCCCCCAGUAACUUUCUUCUCAUAGAUCCUGGAUCACAGAGAGGUUAGGAGCCUGAGUAGAUUGAGUUCAGUGGUUCUGGGACUGUCCCCUUAAGGACAAAAAGUAGCAGAACAUGGCAGGUUCUUCAUGAUGCACAUGUGGCUAGUUCCUGUGAAUUACAGGGGUGGACACUAAUAGUUCGAUAUAUGGAAAUUCACAGUGGGUCUUAUUCAAUUAUAAUGGCUCGUGCAUAAAGAUGGAUUUCAUUUCCAGUGUUUUGUCCUUUCACCUCGCAACUACUAAAACUCAAUCACUUCUUCAAAGUAAUUGCAGGGAGUAAUUUAUUUAUUACAUGAAUGCUAUAAUUCAGGCUAUAAAGCUACUUCAUUGUACAAAGAGUGAAACCAAAGCUAUUGUUAAUGGUUGAUCUUAAAAUGUCAAAAGUCAGGAAGCUCAAAAGUGAGGUGCAAUACACCGCGGCAGUGGUACACAAUAUGCCCAAAUUCACACCUGAUGAGAGUAGCUGCACCUCCUGUGGAAGUAUCUGCAUCAUACUCAGCCAGGACAUAACCAGUGGUGGCGUUUGGUUAGAAAAUGGGUGUAAUGGGUCAUAUAGCAUAAUUUGCACCAAUUUAAGAUUCUGUGAGAAUCUAAACUGUAACUGCAAAGAGGUGGAAGGGAUGCAGCAAGUACGAUAGAGCAGUCCUUCUACUUGGUCUCAGUUGGUAUUUUCCCCCCUGCUACUUACCCCUUCCGUCUGCAACCCCCUGAAUGCAAAACUAGUACAAGUUACACUACUUGGCCAAUUAUUUAACCCCAUGUGCUGGCCAAUUUCCAGCUGAUGUUUAAUGUCCACCAUUUAGGGAAGGAGUUCUCAAACUUCAUUGCACCAUGACCCUCUUCUGACAACAAAAAUUACUACACAACCCCAUAAGCUUGAGCCCUGCUGCCCCGGAUGUGGGGGCCAAAGCCCGAGCCCCAUCACCCGAGGUGGGAGCGGGGUCAAAGCCAAGGCAAGGGGCUGUAACCUGAGCCCUGCCACCCAGGGCUGAAGCGCUCAGGCUUCAGCUUCUGUCCUAGGCCAUGUGGCUCAGGCUUUGGCUCGGGGUGAUGGGGCUCAGACUUCAGCUUUGGCCCUGGGCCCCAGCAAGUCUAAGCCAGCCCUCAUAACCCCAUUAAAACCGGGUCGUGACCCACUUUGGGGUUCUGACUCCCAAUUUGAGAACUGUGGAUUUAGCGUCAGCUUCCCAACCCUGGUAGACAGACACACACUCGCUCAAGUUGAGUACCCCGCUAACAAUGAGCACCGAGGCUGUUGUGGCACAAACAGUGCCAUGGGAUAACCACCUGAGUACAAGCCCUCUUGACACACACACAGACCCCAGAUCCCUAAGCAGGUGACUAGCCUGUGUCAUAAUGUCCACACCGCUAUUUUCAGCACAGUAGCUUGAGCGGAGGUAGCUUGUGUCUGUCUACCUGGGCAGGCAGGCAUGGUCCCAGCUGCCAUGAAGCCAUAUCCUUAGUGACUGUGUUUUAUUCCUCCCAUGUUAUGUCAUGGCCCCUUAGAAAGAAAAGAAAGGAUUUUAAACUAAUGCCUAUGUGAAGUGCCAUUUCACCCUGGCUACUGGUGGCAUAUCCAGCACAUAGUGCUAAAAUUGGUGAACUUUAGUCAAAUUGAUUUACAGAGCAUGUUAACUGUCACUGUAAAAGAUUUUGUUAUAGAUUACAAUGGCUCCUAGGCUGCCAUAGUGACCUGUCUUUUAGUUACUUUAUUAUUGGUUUAAUGCUAAAAGGAUUUUGGACAUGGUAAAAUAUAGUGCUGUUAGGGUACAUCUACACUGCAAAAAAGAAACUGGCAGCACACAGGCUCAGAGCCCGGGCCAUUGGCUGCGACUCAGGCUGUGGGACUAAAAAUAGCAGUAGAGACGCUCAGGCUUGGGUUGGCGCCCAGGCUGUGAGCCCCUCCACCCUCGCUGGGUUUCAGCGCCCAGGCUCCAGCCCAAGGCUGAUCAGCUAAACUGUUAUUUUUAGCCCCACAGCGUGAGCUCAAGUCAGCGGACCCAGGCCAGCCGCAGCUGUGCUGCAAUGAAAGCGCUGCAGUGUCAAUGUAGCCUGAGGUCUUCUAUCACUGUGUGGCUGUCAGGCUUGCAUGUGACAUGUAAAAAUCCCUAAGAAAUUGUUGUUAAACAGUGUACUGGUCCCUUUUCUAUAUUAACUAAGAAUUGUCAGCCUGGAUUAGAGGCACGGUCCAGCUCAAUCACCAACAAUGGCCAGUACUAAUAGUUUGGGGUGCGAUAGGGGAGGGGAACGAGAACCCUGCAGGAGGCAGUUGUGGGAUAAUCUCUAAAAGUUAGAGCUUCGAUUUAGCCCUGAAGCAGGAGGUUUAAUAUUGUUACCAGUAACUAUUCUACAAUCUGGUGGCUGCUGUUACCCAUGAAAUGGCCAAUGACACCUCUAAGAUGUUUACAUGCCUAGCUGCCUCAUUAGAUACCUAACACCUCCAUUUAGGUGCCACUGACUUUUUUCAAAAGUGCCACUCUGCUGCUAUCUAACCCUAAGUCCUCUAGGUGCCUAUGAGUCCGCCAAUCAGCAGUCACAAAGCCACCUCAGUAAACAGGCCACCCCCCCACAGCUAACAUGCAGUUUAGGCUGGGUGCCUACCCCCAGCAGGAUACCAUCGAUCUUGUCAGUGGGGCCUGCUCCCAUAGGCAUGCAGCUGGGGGGGGACGGGAGGGCUGGAUGCCACUCGUAGGUAGGGUUGUCAAGUUGCUAAUGGCACAAAACUGAACACCCUGCCCCAAGGCCCCGCCCCUGCCCUGACCCUUCUCUGAGGCCCCACCUCCACUAUCUCCAUCCCCCCCCUUCCUCCGUCACUUGCUCUC